GAUUAGAGCUGAGCACGUUUGAUUAUUGUUGUUAUAAUUUAGAACAUAAGUUGUCUGAUAUCAGACAAAAACUAAGUUGACAACAGUUAAAUAAAUUGUCAUCCCAUAGCUUGUGAAACAAAGUUAUUUAUUCAUCUUCAAAUAACGGAUUAAUAAUAUUUUAAUCAAAAUGUGGAAUUCAGGAAAAAAUGAAGGUGGAUUCAUGGAUGAGAGCUAUUCUACAUCAGCUCCUCAAGAAAAAACUACUAAAGAUGCUCGAAGAGGAGCAAAUAUCAUCCCUAUGAUGAUUGGAAAUGUAAAAAAAUGUACAAGAAAAUCAAAAACCAUCUGGGGAGCGAAUAUCAACAUCAUUUGUGUGGUUGGUAUUGUCCAAGAAAUUUCAGAGGUUACCACCAAAAUUGCAUAUGAACUUGAAGAUGAAACUGGUACAAUAUCAGCAUUUAAAUGGCUAGAAGCUGAAAGUACAGCUCCAGAUGAUAUCAAGAUUGGGUCUUAUGCAAAAGUCCAUGGAUCUGUGAGAGAACAAGGAGAUAAAGUUCAUAUUUUUGUAAUGAAAAUAACCCCAGUUAAAUAUUUUUCUGAAAUAUUUAGUCAUCUUCUUGAAGUUACUAUGAUUGCUAUGAAAUCUCACACUUCUAAUGCCAUGGAAGGAAUUGAAGAGCAAGGUACUAAUGACGAUGAUGAUGAUAAUGUUUGUCUUGGGUUGACAAAUGAACAAAAGAUCAUUUACCGAAUUAUAAAGCAACACAGUGAUUCUGAAGCUGGUAUUGAACGUAGUGAGCUUAAACAAAAAGUACCAUCUCCUUUGCUAUCCAAAGUUGAUGGAAUUCUAGACUUCCUAUCGUCUGAAGGACAUGUAUAUACUACUCGUACUGAUGAUCAUUACAAAGCUACAUAAUAUUUUUAUAGCUUUUUAUUAUAUCACCUUACAAAAUUAAGAUUUUUCUACGUUACAAAUUAUUCAUAAAAUAUAAAAAUAAAUACGUA